AUGCCCAGACUUCUUACCGAUACCGAAGAAGGCUCGACAACCCGAAGACGAAAGAAUCGAACGAAGAAAAAGAGAGGAAGGCGACAUCAUCGGAAGCUAAAUACUGACUGUACUGCUGGGAUUGAUCGUCCCACACCAAACGUCCAACAGAUUGAGCCACAGCAGCUCUUAACCGAGAACGACGUAUUUGUUGAUUUAGAAAACCUCGACGGGGACAACAUAGCUCAUUACUUCAUGACGAAGGACGAUGCUGAUCCCAAGCUUGAGGAUCAAUCCGAGCCCGUCGUCUGCUUUUGUCACCAUGCUGCUCUCUCAGAACUGCAAUUCAACAGGUCGAAGAUCUCGUCAGAGAAGGUCUGUCUGAUCGACGACAGGACAUGUUAG